AUGGACAGGAGAGUAAUGAUUCAUUUACGUCGGAGCAGUUCCUCACUUCUCUUUUCUUCCUUGUUUGAAUCAAAUUCUCAUCAUCAAGGUGAUGAUGAAGAGCCUUCUUCCUAUCACGUUCAAGAGAAUGAGAGAAGAGUUAAUUUGCCUUCUCCAUCUUCGGAUUUAUCAUUCUUGAAUAUUGAAUCGGAAGAUAAUAAUUUUCAUCAUAUUCAUCAUCAGCACGAUAUGAAUGGAGAUCAUCAAAAAUCUAUUCAUUUGGCUAAUAAUGAAGCAACAACCCUCCAUCGGAAAGUACAUCAAAAAUCGUACUCCUUCUCAAUUUUGAAUGGUUUUGGAAAUGAUUACAAUGAGGUCCGUCAUGACGGUCAACUAGAUGUCAAAGAUGACACGACGAUUCAACAUCAUCACCAUGCAGCCAUGGUAACAACAACACCAAACCAUUUGAACACCAUUCAGCAUUCUGACAAUACUGCAUUGGCCUCUAAUUUUUCACACCAAAAUUGGCCAUCGGAAGAUUUUUCAUCCAGCCCAACCAACUCGAUGCAUUCAUCAAAACAGAAAUCAUCGUCGUCAGCCCCAUCGACUCUUUCAACGACUGCCCCACACUCUUCUCAUUCCCUCCAAAAUCAUUCGAGUACUUCAACAUGUCCCAAUUCAAGUUCUUCUAAAAAUUCAAAAUCCUCUCUCGUGACAUCUUCUUCUAGCUCACAAGACAAAUUUUUAAUAUGGUGGAUUGCAUUCAUUCUUUUAUUGAUUCUUUUGAUGGCCAUUUCUUUCGGAUUAAUGUCAGCGAUACCUGAAAUUAAGAGAAGACGAAUUGAAAAUACGCCCUAUUGGGAUGAAGCAUUGAAAGCUAAGGAAGAAAAACGAAAAUUGUCCAUGCAACAUGGAAUGUGGCACAAUAUUACCGUAGCUGUUCUUGGAGCCAUUCAUGCACGUCGUGGAGGACCAACGCCAUCGACGACGACAUUGUCUACCAUUAACCACAAUGUGCAACCUGUACCCUCGAUCGCAUCAAGCUCAGGUUAUUCGUCGGGCGCUCAGCCAUCAGCAAGCACAUCACUUAGUGACAGCCAAAUGGAAAGUUUGUCCCUCCGAAUGAGAGGUCUCGUUGGAAAUGCAUUGAAAAUUUCAUCGCGAAAACAGGAGCAAGGACCUUCUCCUCAAAUGUCAUCCAAGUCUUCAUCAUCGAAGACUGCUAAAAUUAUGAUCAUUGAAGAACAUGACAAGAAGAAAGCAAAUGGUCAUGACUCGAAUCCUAUCUCAAUGAGCGGACCCUCUCAACAACCCAUUACUAGUUUACCAUCCAAUGAAUAUUUAUUGAAAAAUCUAGAUCAUCCAUUUCUUGACUCUAAGGACAUGAUUGAGAAGCAGUAUUUUGCAAAUCAUAUUUUAUUGUCACACGACCUCAAUCCAUUUUAUAUUGUGAAUUCUUCUGCAUUAACAAGUUGGAAAGAUUUUUACAAAACUCUACUUUUGAAAUAUGCCACUGAAAGCUUCUCACCAUCUCUAUUGCGGCCGAUCGAUGAAAAAUUUGAACAGGAUUUCUUUAGAAGAAUUCUAAUUCGAGAAAAAUCCGUUUACAGUAGAAUGUCUAGCGCACAACUUAAAUCACAAUUUUUUGGUCCUUCUCUCAAGCGAAGAAUUGCAAAUUCCAAGUUUGUGGAUUGGAGAGCCAAUCAUUUGUUGUAUGAUAUCGACCGCACCCAUGAGAGCGACACUUCAUUCCAAUAUCAAGUGACAUCGAGACGCUCCACGUUUAAAGUUCAUGUGAAAUUUAAUGAUGUAAAAUAUAGAGAUGACUUUUUGGAAUACCCUCGUGUGACAGAAAAGAGUCGAGAACGCUAUUGUGAAAAUAAUUAUUGUGAAACAGAUUAUGACAUGGCGAAUUUGCCUCCACACAGUGACACUCAAAAUGCGGCCAAUCAUUCCACAACUCAUAAGUUAUGCAUUUUAUGCGAAACAAACAUUCCAAAAACUCAAAGUUCACACUUUUACAAGGGUCUCUGUUACAAACCAAACUUGGACUUGGCUAUUGUUUCCAUUGAAAAUGGAAUUCUUGAUUAUGGUCUGCAUGAUCCAUCGAAAAUAUUUUCAAUUUUUGACAGUCAUGGAAAUUUAUUUGCUCAAGAUCAAAUUGGUUCUACUUCUGCACUGGAAGCUUUCAAACACUACAAUUUGGAAUAUCAUUCACAAUUAGCAAGCAUUGGCCCCAUUCAAAUUCCCUCACCAUCAGAGCCUGAUAAUUUCUUUAUUGAAAUUGUACCACGAUUAAUACUCAUGGACUCGUAUCUUCCUUUGGAAAUACCAAUCGUUUUACAUGAAGAGAUUGGCGUUGAAAAAAUUGAUCUCUUACAACAGUAUGGAAUGAUUUCACCAGCGAGACAAUUUCUUUUCGCUGCCUCUGGUAUUCCUACUUUUCACAUGGCUCAGAGAUUAUACUUUUUAUUUUCAAAGGACAUUUCUGUGGUACCACGAACACCAGAUAUUGCUUUAAGAGUGGCUUCAAAUGUAAUGAAUAAGGCCAUGCGACAAUUUACUACGGUGAAUUCCAGUAUUUUAGAGUUACUGUUGGACGCAUCACAGAGACCAUACCUGCUUGUCGUUGAGAAGGAUAGUAAUCAAAUUGGAGACAAUGAUGAUGAACAUACACACACCAUUUCCAAUCGUCAACAAUUGCUAUCUAGCAUGCAAGAAUUUUGCAAUUCCAAAGGACUAUCAUUGGUUCAUUUGAAAAUUCCAACAAUCAGAUCAACAAAUAAUUCGCAAGUCAAUUUUACCUCGACCACUAAUGGCAGCUAUGUCAUACUUACUUGGACAAUGUCAUCUGGACAACAAGAACAACAAAAGAUGACUCUUUCUUUUAUUGAAAUUGGAAAAUUAUUUCAUCAAGCACAAGGUGUCAUAUCAUUGUUCGAUUUUCCACUUUCACACUAUUUAUUAUUCAUGAAAAAAUCAAGCUCUAGCACUCCACAAACAACACCAUCAAAGCAAGAAGUUUCACAACAGAACGAUCAUGCAAUGAAUCUAAAACAGGUCGAAUCAACAAGCAUGUCAACAAAUCCUACAACUUCUCAUUUUGUUCUCGAGAUUGGAUCAAGAGAAACACUCCAUAAUGAAAAUUAUUGUGUGGCAAGAGCAUUGGGAUUGAAAUAUUAUACGAGCGUAAUAGUGAAAUAUGGAAAGAGGAGCAGAAGUGAUGAAAAUGACAAUGAUUCUUUUGAGAUUGAUGUGGGAGAGGUCGUGCAACUCUUGUCUACUGAAUUAUCAUCCUCUCAACAAUAA